AUGAUUCUUACAGCUAGUCUGUGUGCGUGUCUUGUAUGUUUGAUAGUAUUAUAUUUGUGGACAAUUAACAAUAGUUAUAAUUAUUUCAUACAUCGUAAUAUUCCAGGACCACCACCCCGCUUUUUCUUUGGUCAUUUCAAAACAUUAUGGUCAACAAAACGGUAUUCGAAACAGUUGCAGGAAUGGACACGUAAAUAUGGUUCGAUCUACGGAUUGUACGAAGGUACACGUCCGCUGUAUGUUGUAUCUGAUGUUGAAUUUUUACAGGAAGUUUUCAUCAAGCAAUUUUCAUCAUUUCAUUCACGUCGUGUUUUAUUUUUGGCACGUAUGGGACCUGGAACACCUGAAAAUCUAUUUGGAGCAGCAGGAGCUACAUGGAAACGUCAACGACGCGUUGUCAAUCGAACUUUUUCACUUAGCAAAAUGAAGCUUAUGUUACCCGCUGUAAAUCAAUGUAUUGAAACUUUGAUGAAUAAACUAGCUACUAUUAAUGAAAAUAAUCACGAAUUCAAUAUUUAUGAUAUGUAUAAACGCAUGACAGUAGAUAUUAUCUGGCGUUCAGGAUUUGGGAUUGAAAGCGAUAUGCAAAAUGAAAUUGACAAUAUUUACUUGAAAAAAUCCGCUGAAGUAGUAGAACUUAAUUAUGAUAAAUUGUUUGUUAUUCAGUUGAGUAAUGUGAUGCCAUUUCUCAAACCAUUUCUUAUAACAUUUUCCAUAUAUCAACUAAAACUGAUUCGAACACUCGGAAGAAUAUUUCCAUUUAUGAAUUGUUUUAUGGAAGAGCUGGCUCCGUUCUGGAUUAUUAAUCGAGCUCAAGAAAUUGUUAACUAUCGAAAACAACAUUCUUCGGAAAAGAAACGUAUUGAUUUACUUCAGCUUAUGAUCGACGCAGAAGUGCCUGAUGAAAAAGAUAAACUAGAAAAUAUAGAAGAAGAAAAAGAACAAAAGAUUUUGCAUCCAGAUGAAAUUACAGGCAAUAUUCUUAUCUUCAUGAUCGCUGGUUAUGAAACGACAUCGACCGCAUUAGCAUAUUGUACAUAUAUUUUAGCGAAAAAACAAGAUAUUCAACAAAAAGUGAUGGCCGAAAUCGAUGCACAUCUCGGUCAAAAAGAUUACGAAGACAAUUAUGAUCUGGUUACAAAUAUGUCCUAUAUAGACAUGUUUAUUCGUGAAGUACUUCGAGUAUUUCCUAUUAUAAUACAAGCAACAUCACGAGAAUGUAACAAGACGACAACUAUAUGUGGUCAUCGUAUUGAAGAAGGUUGUAUCAUACAAGCGGACAUAAUGACCAUUCAUUUCAGUCCUGAUCUUUGGGGUCCUGAUGAUCCAAAUGAAUUUAUUCCUGAAAGGCAUUUAACAAAGCGUCAUCCAAUAUCAUGGAUGCCAUUCGGGAAUGGUCCAAGAAAUUGUGUUGGAAUGCGUUUUGCAAUCAUGGAACUCAAAAUAUGUUUGACACGUAUUCUCAGUGAAUAUAAUAUUUUACCUGGAGAUAAAAUAGAUGAAAAUUUUCAUUUGACAGAAAUGACUGUCAUUCAUCCCGAAGCCAUUUUUAUCAAACUCAACAAACGAACAAUCUGA